GUGUUUCCCGUCAGUCUGGUUGGAGCAACGCGAUCGUGUGGCCAACUCGACGCCAUGGUUCAGGAAAACUGUGGAGAAUUUGCUGAGGACGUGGUUAUUGAAGACCGCGUUUUGAAGUCAACUGUUGAGGACCUGCAGAUUCCGGAUGUCGACUUUGCCACUUUCCUGAGGAACACUUGGAAGAAAGAGCCAGAUGCCGUCGCAAUUAUCGAUGCGGCUUCGGGGAAGCGGUACACUUGCGCCGAGCUCGAAGACAUCUGCGAGCGCAUCGCGGCCGGCUUCCAAGAGCUCGGCCUGCGGCGCGGCGACACCGUGGCAUUCGUGUCGUCCAACAGUGUGGACCUGGUGGCAGCCUUCAUCGCGGCUGCCUUCGCCGGCGCUGUCAUCGUCUGCGUCAAGACCACCUACAAUGAGAGAGAGAUGGCAGGCUUACUGAAGUUGACAAAGCCCACUAUGGUAUACUGCGACAUGCAGAAUGUGGCGAAAGUCACAGAUGUCUCCAAGGAUGUGCCGUCAGUGAAGGCACUGGUGGCAGCUGGUGAAUACUGCGGUGCGGUCAACGUGGCUGCACUGAAAGAUAAACCCCGGAGCCACUUCAAGAGUCCGGCGCCCGCGAGCCCGCAUGACCUGUUCACCGUGUUCCAGUCGAGUGGCUCCACAGGGCUGCCCAAGGCGGGCCUUAUCACACACCGCAAUUUCAUCGCGGAGCUUGUGACUUUUAGCUACAAGAACGACGGACUGCAUAAGGGCGACGUGUUUCUCGGCUACUUGCCGCUGAUGCACGCGGGUCCCAUAUGGCUCCUCUUCACGAUGUUGACGCAGCAGGUGCAGGUCGUCCUACUGGCCGCCGUUGACUUGGCAUUGGUGCUGGCGUCUAUUGCCAAGUACAGGGUGACCACCCUGACACUGUAUCCAACGCACGGGCAACACAUCGUCCAGCGUGGCCUGCCGCUAUCCCUCGACGUGUCCAGUGUUCAGUGGCUGUUCAUUGCUGGCAGCUCAAUACCCCCGCAGGUGCUGCGGCAGCUGGCACAGACAUUCCGAGGAUCCACUGUUAUCCACGGCUACGGUCUGACCGAAUCAUGUUGCGCUGUCACCCACACUCGAAGGAUGUGCCGUGACUUCAAGAGCUCGGGAAUCCCUAUGCCGUACGUAAACCUAAAGGUGGUCGAUGUUGAAACACGCAAAAAGCUUCCACCUGGCGAGGCCGGCGAAAUUCUUGUCAAGGGGCCCACCUGCUUCAAAGGGUACCUGGACAUGGCUGAAGCUACGGCUGCUGUUUUCGAUGAAGAAGGGUUCCUGAAGACAGGCGACACGGGUUACUACACAGCUAGCGGCGAACUCUACGUGCUUGACCGGAUGAAGGACUUGGUCAAGUGUAUGGACCAGCAGGUGGCACCCGCGGAGCUGGAAGAACUGCUUCAGGAACACGAAGAGGUGGCACAGGCGGCCGUUGCUGGUGUUCCGCACCCGGAAUAUGGGGAGGCAGCCAGGGCUUUCGUGGUUCUCAAGGCAAUGCCCGCUACCGCUGAUAAGAGACGCGAGAUGGAGCUUGCCCUGAUCGCCUACAUCAAGAACCUAGUAGCUCCGCACAAGCAGUUGCAUGGAGGUGUCCAGUUCAUGGACGCCAUCCCGCAGACGGAGACGGGAAAGCCGCACCGGCGCCAACUCAGGGAUGCCUAUGUGGCCACUCACAAGGAAGCGCCACAAUGAACUUCCCGUGAUUGUCACAUUUGAUUGGAAGUCAAUAAAAAUGCUAA